AUAUGUAUAGCCUAAACAUAGUCUAUACACAAGUUGAAUAGUCUAUAUGGACUGGUUCAACACCUAAAAGCAUCUAUAAAUUGAGCUCUAUAACACAUGCUUUCUUACACCUCCAAUAAAAGAAAAAAUCUUUUCCUUUCAUCGAAAGAAAGUUAAGGUAUGACCAUGAAGAGCGUCUCCGUUCUCGCAAUUCUAUCUCUCUUGGCUUUAACACCUCCAUUAGCCAUUGCUUCUGACCCAAGCCCUCUUCAAGACUUCUGCGUCGGCGUCAAUACCCCAGCAGAUGGUGUAUUUGUGAAUGGAAAGUUCUGUAAAGAUCCAAAGCUCGUCACAGCGGAUGACUUCUUCAUGUCGGGGCUUCAAAAUCCAAGACCCGUAGCUAACGCGGUUGGGUCGAAUGUGACAGCAGUUAAUGUCAACAACAUUCCAGGGCUAAACACCCUUGGAAUCUCACUUGUCCGAAUAGACUAUGGAGUGAAUGGUCAGAACCCACCUCACACCCACCCACGUGCCACCGAGAUCUUGUAUGUUGGGGUUGGUACACUUUUUGUUGGGUUUGUCACAUCCAACGGAGAUGGAAACCGUCUCUUCACAAAAACACUCAACGAGGGUGAUGUAUUUGUGUUUCCGGAAGGACUCAUCCAUUUCCAAGCCAAUGUGGGAAAAUUUCCAGCGGUUGCAUUCGCUGCUUUGAGCAGCCAAAAUCCAGGUGUUGUCACUAUUGCUAACACUUUGUUUGGGUCUAAGCCAUUGAUAAACCCAAAUGUUCUUGAAAGAGCAUUCCAGUUGGAUCCUAGGGUGAUUGUGGAUCUACAAACCAAGUUCCAACCAAAAACUUAAAAAAUAUUGUGCUUUGAAUUGUUUCAAUAUUUUGUGUACCUUCUUCCAUUUGAAUAAGGAUCUUGUAUUAUCCGUUGAUCAAUAACGCGUGACAUGAUAUUAAUUUCUGUUUUUCCCUUU